AUGCAGUCCGAACCGUGGCACAUGUUACAACUUACCGCUCAUCAAGAGAAGGUGGGCGGGUAUGCAGUAGUGCACCGGCCCUUGAUGCCGGGCGAUGACAGCGAAGGGGGUGAGGCAGACGGCGGAUUCGUCGAGACGGCGUGGCCGAUCGACCCGCUGCCCGACUCGAACCUUGGAGAAAUGCUGGCAAUUGCUAAGAGCCUCGCUGUGGCAAUCCAACAAGUUCAAGACCACCGCGCCGCCCUCAUGGGAAAGAGGGUCAACGUCACAAUCUUCAGCGAUUCCAACAGUUCCCUACGAGUGCUGGACGGGGAUAAAAUAAACAAAUGGUUGUGGAAGCUGGUUUUACCCGCUGCCAGCUUCAUUCGAACGCAAUCUCAGCUGCUUGGACAACUCGGCCCAACGGUCCAUCUCGUUCUCCGCUGGAUGCCAGGACACCGCCACAACAUCUUUCCGCAUGUGCCUGCCGACAGCCUCUCUCAGAAUGCUGGAAACCGUAUUUUUAUCAACGACGGGGUUCAUUAUUUCUCGCGAAUGGACAAUCCGAACCCAGCAUACUCGGUUUCCGCUUCGACGGCCAAUACAGGGCCAACUGUCCCGACAUGUGUGUUAUUCGCUAGGGCAAGAAGAUGGGCCAAGAGGCAUGGGGCGAAGCCGCCGGAAACCGUUGGCCUGCAUAGUGCGGCCGAACAACCUGACAAGGACCGGGGAGGGCGAGAGCUGAAAGGAUAA